AUGGCGCCAGCAACCGUGAAGACGCGAGAGAAGAGCGCUGCGCCUGCAAAGAAGCCGGCACCAGGCUCCAAGCCGAAGAAGGGCGGAAGAAAAGAGCCGGCAGUUCAACCCGCGCCGGAGCCCCGUCCGCUGCCGCCGGCCCCUGCCUCAAUGGAGACGCCAUGGGUCGAGGUGGCCAGAAGGAAGAAGAAGGGGAAGACGACAGCAGCGCCAACAACAACCAGCGUGCAGCCGCCAAAACCUUCGCGCCGGAAGGAACCCAAACUGCGGCCGCCACGAUCUGCGGCCGUGGUAAUCUCGUUGACGCCGGCAGCAGUGGCAAAGGGGAUGACGUACAAGGGCGUCCUCACGGACGCACAGAAUCGCGUGGACCUCACCGGAUUGGAUAUCUCGAGGUUAAAGCCGAAGUUCACGGCCACGGGCGCCCCCGAUUUGCCUUCUCCAGUUCCGGAAUCCGGGGCUGAGGAGGCGGAGUUCGGGGGGCGAAAGCCCGCUGAUGGCGAAGUAGAGAAGGAGAACACGGGCGCGAAGCCCAUGGAGGUGGCAACUGAAUUCGUACGGCCUCCGAGCUUAGACUCGGACUCAAGUGGGAGCGGCUCCACCGUACGAAGCAAAAAACUUUGGAGGAGGAACUCGCGCUCAAGGCACAGUUUGUCGCAAUUCACCAGCGACACCGACGAACCAGCGCCAAAGUCGCAAACGACUGACAGCAGAGGGAGAGGACGCCCGCCCUCAGUCGGCAAAUAUGUCGGCUUGAGGAAAGCUCAGCUCGAGCGGGAUAAGCUCCAACGCGAAGAAGCGAAGAAGAGGGCCGACAAGGAGCUGGAGGACCGGCUCCAUUUCGUCAAGUCGCCGAUCCUUCCCAAGGCAUCAGAGACUGAAGAUGAGGACCGACCCGUGCUGAGGGAAGACCUAAGACAGUGUGUCCAGGUGGUACGCACAACAGUGAGGAAAUCUGGCAACCUCAAAGGCACUUCCCAGAAGGCACUAAACUGGGUCACUAACAAAAUUGCCAGGUACGUAGACCAACCUGAGUCCGCUGUAAUCGCUCUUCUCGAGAGCGAGACAAAGAAGUGGCAGGAGAAUUGUGCCCGGCUCGAGGCAAAUAUGAAGACGAUUCAGGAGGAGAACACAGCUCUUAAACGACGCCUCGAAGAGCUGGAAGCGGCCGCCAAAGGGCCGUCCACAGAGGAGAUGCUGGCGAUGGUCGAAGCGAGGGUCCAAGCCCGAAUGGAAUCGAUCCUCAUGGGCCCGGCGCAACGGCCGCCGCUGGCACACGAGAAGAAGACCACUCCCAUAGAUGUUGAACUCCCAGUGAGCGACGGUUAUGUUGGAGGAACCCACGCCAAAGCCGAGGAAGGAGAAAAAGGGAAAAAGGGAGGGGAAAAAGACGGCCCAGCCCGCUCAGGCUCCCGCUCCUGCUCCCACUAUCCCCGCUCCCAUUGCUGGGCCUUCCAGCGCUCCGCCGCAAGCCGUAGCGGGCCCUUCUACAGCGGCGGCGUCGACACCUGCGAUGGCGCCAGCAACCGCGAGAAGACGAGAGAAGAGCGCCGCGCCUGCAAAGAAGCCGGCACCAGGCUCCAAGCCGAAGAAGGGCGGAAGAAAAGAGCCGGCAGUUCAACCCGCGCCGGAGCCCCGUCCGCUGCCGCCGGCCCCUGA